AUGCAGCCGGCUGAGUCGGGUGCCCCCAACGCCACGGAAGGAUUCGUGCCGACCGAGACCCAGGGCCCUCGCAUCGACAUCUUGGCUCUUCGACUCGACGUCACCAUGGGCGAGGACUGGGCCUACAUGGACUCGCUGCGUCCUCCCGUCUACAUCUGCCUGCGCCGCAAGGUCUCCGAUACAGCAGGUUAUGAGCCCAUGGCGCUGGACGGGCGGGUGGACAAGGAGGACUGGGCCCAUGUGCCGUGGUCCGACGCCUUCGUGGACAUCGAGGGACCCGAGCGGAAGCCCGCGGAGCACCCGCUCACGAGGUUCAAGAUGAUGUACGACGACGACACGCUCUACGUCGGCGCAGAGCUGAUUGAGCCCAAGAUCUGGGGGACCAUCACCGAGAAGAACAGCACCAUGUACCACGAAAACGACUUUGAAGUCUUCUUCAACCCGGACGGCAGUCGACACCACUACUAUGAGCUGGAGGUGAACUGCUUGAACACGAUCUGGGAGUUGCUGCUGCACCGGCCAUACAAAGAUGGCUACAGUAUCGAGAACCCGUUCAACCUCGUCUCCCUGCGCUCCGCUGUGUUCGUGGACGGUCUGACCAACUCACCGGAGACCGAGUGUGUGCGCUGGUGCGUGGAGAUGAGCUGGUCCCUUGCGGAGCUGCAGCAGUUCGACAAGUUACGCUUCCGUAGUGAGACGGGAGACCCUCUGCGUUCCUCAGCUGGUCUACAAUCAGGAAGGGCGACUCCCCGACCUCCUUCAGCUUCUGGACAUGCGUCUCGACCUGCUCUGGCCACUACCAGCACCGUGGCAGGAGACGUGUGGCGAGUCGAUUUCUCCCGUGUGCAGUACGAGCUAGAAACGGUGGUGAACGUUGAUACACAGCAGCUGCAGUACCAGAAAGUGCCCGAUAAACGCGAGGACAACAUCGUGUGGGCCGCUACUGGGGUGAUUGACAUCCACCGUCCCGAGAGGUGGGGGUACGUCUUCUUCAGUAGCGAAAAUGAGCUACCAGGGGGUGAGUUGGAGCUGUCGAGCGCCAUGACUGGGUUUCUGGAGGAGCGCAUGGCUAUUGAGCGGAUCCUGGACGCUGUUUACUACCGACAGCGAGCGUUCCAUGCCUUCCACGGUGGCUUUGCGUCGAGGAUGGAGACGCUGUACACUGAUUUGGCAUCUCCGACGUCUUCGGAGACGUCGAAUACGGAACUGAAGGUGUGGACAGAAGCGUUCCCGCUGUGUGAAUUGCUUCGGCGCUAUGAACUGGACUCCCCAGUGAUCUCUGCAAAGAGUGAUCUGCACUCCAACGACCCUCCGGCUGAACAAGACAAGACUGUUGGGAAGUCUGCUGAGGUGGCUACACCUGACGGCACCCAUAGAAAAACUAGUCGACACUACGCUCCAGCGCUGGACCAGCAUGAUGAGGAUUUCGAUGCAGAUUUCAACGCGGUGCCUAGUGAGGAAAGCGUUGAGGAGACGGCAAGCCCGUCGACUGUGAAGGAGGUUUGCACUCCACCACCUCCCAGUCCGAUGUUACUGGAGAUCCAGAGCCUGGAGACGCGCGGGCUUUUCUCGAAUUUCACAGUGACGGAAAUCGGCUGCGAGAGUGGCGAGCACCUAAUGGCAGCCGGCUCACAGGCUCUGCAUGAUCACGUGGCGAACCGGUUAGAGCGAUCGCUGGGAAAGCCGCUGCGUCGAGUGGAGGUGCGCUUCGAGAACGUGGCUGUGUCGGUGAGUGCUGUUGUGCGCGACGACAGCGAGGUCACGUCCGAGCUCCCGACGCUUCCUAACGUGGUCAAGACGGGGAUUCUCAAGAUGUUCGCGAAGAAGCGAGUGGUAGAGAAGCAAAUUCUUCGCUCUGUAAGCGGUGUACUCAAGCCGAGGACGAUGACGCUGGUGCUUGGUCAGCCCGGGUCUGGCAAGUCGUCCUUGAUGAAGCUGCUGAGUGGCAAGUUGUCGGCGUCCCGGAGUGUCAGUGUGGAAGGCGAAGUCUCGUACAACGGUACGCCACAAGAGGAACUGCGCACUCGACUCCCCCAGUUCGUCACGUACGUGCCUCAGCACGACAAGCACCUGCCGACUCUCACGGUGAAGGAGACGCUGGAGUUUGCGCACGCGUGCAGUGGUGGUGAGUUGUCCAAGCGAGACGAGCAGCAGCCCAAGCAUCACUCGGACGUGGUGAUUCGCCAACUCGGGCUUGAGAACUGCCAGAACACGGUGGUCGGUGACGCGAUGCUGCGUGGUGUUUCUGGUGGCGAGCGCAAGCGCGUGACGACGGGCGAGAUGACUUUCGGCAAAAAUGACGUGAUGAUGGACGAGAUCAGCACGGGACUGGACAGCGCUGCGACCCUCGAUAUCGUGUCGACAAUUCGGAGCUCCGUCAAGCAAUUCAGCAAGACGGUCGUGAUUUCGCUGCUGCAGCCGUCUCCAGAGGUAUUCGCGUUGUUCGACGAUGUCAUGCUACUGAACGACGGAUACGUGAUGUAUCACGGCCCGCGAGACCAAGCUCUGGGCUACUUUGAGAGCCUAGGCUUCAAGUGUCCUCCUCACCGCGACGUAGCUGACUUUUUGAUGGACCUCGGUACCGACAAGCAGCGCCAGUACGAGACGGGUCCUGCCCCAAGCACCGCAGAGCAAUUUCGUGAAGCAUUCGAGAAGUCGGAAAUCUGCCAGCGGAUGUUGGAAAACUUGCAAACUCCUGUGGACCCAGACCUAGUUCGUGACCAUGCACUCCAUGUGGCCCCUCUUCCGGAAUUCCACCAAAACGUUUGGAGUGGAACGUGGACGCUCAUACGGCGAGAAAUGGUCGUGACAAUACGGGAUACUGCAGCCGUGAAGAGCCGCUUUUUCAUGGCAAUUCUGCUUGGACUCUUUCAGGGGAGCACGUUCUACCAGUUCGACGAUGUGGACUCGCAACUGGUUAUGGGCAUCGCAUUCAAGCAACGCGGGGCCAACUUCUUCCGCGUCUCGUCGUACGUGAUCGCGCGUCUUGUGAGCCAGAUCCCCGUUGGUUUGAUGGAGUCUCUCAUCUUUGGGUCGUUCAUGUACUGGAUGUGUGGCUUCGUUCCCAGCGCUGGGGGCUAUUUGCUGUUUGAAUUGGUGCUCUUCUUCGUGAGUAUGGUCACGGCGGCGCUUUUCUUCUUUGUCGCGUGCGCGUCGCCCAAUCCGAACAUCGCCUUCCCCGUCACGCAGUUGUUACAGUUGUUCUUCGUCACGUUCUCGGGCUACGUGGUCACCAAGGACACGAUUCCGGACUACAUGGUCUGGGUCUACUGGUUGAGCCCUCAAGACUGGGGCGUGCGAGCUCUCGCGGUGAACCAGUACAAUGACCCGCGGUUUCUCACGUGUGUGUACGAAGGUGUCGACUAUUACGCUCGGUACGGCAUGCAAGCUGGAGAGUACUUGCUCAGCGUCUACGGCGUGCCAACCGAGAAGCACUGGCUCUGGUUUGCCUUGGUGUUCUUGGCCGGUCUUUAUGUGACGCUGGUGCUGCUGUCGUGCUUGGUACUCGAGCACGUGCGCUACGAGAACCCGACCAGCUCUUCUCUUAGUGAAAGCACUACCUUUGAAGCCCCUGAUGAAGACGGAUACGGUCAGCUGAAGACCCCAAAAAGUGGAGUUACAAGUGAUGGUAACGUGGUGGUUGCAGUUCCUCCGACCAGUAACUUCGUUCCGGUUACUCUCGCGUUCAAGGACUUGUGGUACUCCGUCCCGAACCCCGUCAAUGUCAAGGAAGACAUCGACUUGCUCAAGGGCGUCAGUGGGUUUGCUCUUCCUGGCACGAUGACUGCGUUGAUGGGGUCUUCGGGUGCAGGCAAGACCACGCUCAUGGACGUGAUCGCUGGUCGCAAGACGGGAGGCAAGAUUCGCGGGGAAAUUAUGCUCAAUGGGCAUGCCGCCACGGAGUUGGCAAUCCGUCGGUCCACGGGCUAUUGCGAGCAGAUGGAUAUUCACUCGGACACCGCCACCUUCAGGGAGGCUUUGACUUUCAGUGUGUUCCUCCGCCAAGGCGCCGACACUCCCGACAGCCAGAAGUACGACUCGGUGAACGAGUGUCUGGACCUCCUGGACCUGAACCCGAUCGCGGACCAGAUCAUUCGAGGCAGCUCCAUGGAGCAGAUGAAGCGCUUGACCAUCGGUGUUGAGCUCGCUGCUCAGCCGAGCGUGCUGUUCCUGGACGAGCCUACGAGUGGACUGGACGCUCGGUCGGCCAAGCUCAUUAUGGAUGGAGUGCGGAAAGUGGCGAACACGGGUCGUACCAUUGUGUGCACGAUUCACCAGCCGUCGGCUGUGGUGUUCGAGCUGUUCGACAGAUUGCUGCUUCUGAGGCGCGGGGGUGAGAUGGUUUACUUCGGAGAUCUGGGGGCAAAGGCUUCGGAACUGGUGAACUACUUCGAGGCGAUCGACGGCGUGGCCAAACUGGAGUCGGGCUACAAUCCAGCAACGUGGAUGCUGGAGGUGAUCGGUGCAGGAGUGGGCAAUGCAAACGCCGACCCGACCGACUUUGUUGCUCUCUUCAAGGACAGCGAGAACAACACGACACAGGCCAAGUUCCUGAGCAAGCGCUUCGUCAACUUGUACUGGCGGACGGCGUCGUACAAUUUGACUCGCCUCAUCAUCUCCGUGAUCCUAGGCUUGCUGUUCGGCGUAACGUACAUUGGGGCGGACUACAGCUCGUACCAGGGCAUCAACUCGGGCAUGGGCAUGAUCUUCAUGGCGGCGUCCUACAUCACCUUCGUCACGCUGAGUGGCGUCCUCCCCGUCACGUUCCAAGAGCACGUGGUUUUCUAUCGCGAACGCGCUGGACAAACAUACUCUGCACUUUGGUACUUCGUUGGCGCCACCAUCGUUGAAAUCCCCUUCUUCACGUUUUGGUUCUGCCUGGCGCUGCUCGUGCUGAUGCAGGCCUAUCUGGGCCAACUACUGAUCUUCCUGCUACCAACCGUGGACGUGGCCUCCGUCUUCGGGCUGCUCAUCAACACGAUCCUCAUCCUGUUCACGGGCAUGAACCCUCCAGCGGCAUCGCUCCCUCGAGGCUACGUGUGGCUGUAUCACGCCGCCCCGAACAAGUACACGUUCGCCAGCUUGACGGCGAUCGUUUUUGCGGCUUGA